GUCGGACUGAAGCUGGGUAAAUUUCUGCAAGUUGUACCUUCUCUGAGCAGAAGAAACAUUCCGACACUUUUCUUGAAUAUCCUGUCAGGAUGGACGUGGAGACAAAAGAUGUCCAAGAUGCGAUAACCCUGAGCCCAUACAAGCCUGGAACCAACUUACGCGUUUGCCCUGCUCCGGCAGCCUUGGUCAAGACCCAUUACUCGUUAUUGGCGAUUUCGAAUGUGUUUGGAUGGGCGAUCAUCGUGAUUUCAUCGGAUGUCGACUCAUGCUCGGGUCCAGCGUUCAUUCUGACUCGUUUGGAUGACUUACAAACCUCGAUCGAUCAAGCCGAAGAGUUCUCCCCCGCCGCCUUCAACAUCCAAGGAACAACUCAAACCGUCGUCGUACCCACUGCCCCUCUUUGCUCGGAUCCUUCAGUAUUCAUCACUCAUGCGGCCUUCGCGGCAUGGGAUCGGCUUGUCGUUCUGGCCACCUCCAAUGGCUCGCUACACAUAUUUUCAUCAUACGCCUUGAUCGAGCAAAAAAACAUGGAACCUUUGAGAUCUAUCCCUUCAGCUUCCAAUGUGCCUUUGAAGAUGCUCGUCCCGAACCCCAGCAAAGGCGGUCCGCUCUCCGGCGUGAUAGCUUUAGUUCAUCAAGAUGGGACGAUCAAAGUGGUAGAUUGCUAUGAUACUGAAAAGAUACAUUGGGCCAGCCAACGCGCCACGGCAGCAGAGUGGAGUCCGAUGGGCAAACGACUCCUUGUGGGCUACGAUGACGGCCGACUCGAAUUCCUUACUCACGAUGGGAUAAGCAAAGGCAAGAUCGAUCCCCCAGCACUUUUGGCAAAGGAAGGUCUUUCAGUUUUGCACAUCAAAUGGCUCGAUCAAAAAAACUAUAUCGUCACUUUCGCACCCUCAACCGAUCAGUCCGAUGAACUCAAUGAAACAUUUUGCCUCAAUGUCCCCAAACAAUCAGAGUCCCCGGUAUGCACCUUUACUAGAGUGGUUGAUGCGAUCACAUCCGACGGCGAUACCAGUCUGUCUCCAGCGCUUUUGACUGUAGCCAUUUCAGUCAAUCCACAAGCCGACUGGAAGCACAUAGCCAUAUCAUCUUUCACCAAUAGCACUUCACUUACUCUACUCGGAUAUGACAAGUCCGACAAGCCAUUUUACCUCGACCUUGAAGAAGGACGACCAGAGAUUCCAGUAACAGAAGAAGACUACGCCCCCUCGGCUCCUCUAGGCUUUGCCUUCAGCUAUUGCACCCGUCAAAAAUCGCCUCUGAUAUGGUGCUACACCACGGACGGUGUGCUGAGCCUUUGGAAACUAGCAUUGAAUAAUCCUUCACUACCUCAGGAUGUCGAAGUCUGGAGUGAAAUCUCAGACUUUAGUGACAUAUCAGCCGUCGCACAACAAGGCAUCCACGAAGCCCCGUCACCCCCAAAGCCCCCAAAUUCUGCAGAUGCUUCGACCACUUCCCACGUUGCGCCCCAAGCGACCACUGCUUCUCCAGCAACUGGAUUCGGCACCUUCGCCUCAUCUAGCGUCAGGGCCUUUGGUCAACCUUCACUAGCUAACAGUCAAUCCUCCCCGGGACCGGCCUCAUCCCUCUCGAAGCCACCCACUUCUCAAGUCAGCGCUUUUGGCUCCUCUAGUAAUGUGGCUUUUGGUCAGCCCUCCCUCACCUCCAGUCAAACCUCAUCGGGACCGUUUUCAUCAUCCACGAAGCUACCUGCUUCCACGCCAUCUAAAUCCAGCGCGUUUGGCUCCCCAAGCCAGGUGGCCUUUGGUCAAGCCUCUCUAGCCAGCAGUCAAACCUCCUCGGGAUCGCUUACAUCUCCUCCAAAGCCACCUACUUCCACGUCAUUUGGAUUCGGUUCCUUUGCCUCCUCUAGUAUUGUGGCAUUUGGUCAGCCCUCCCUAGCCAAAGAUGCUUCGGCCUCUUCUCAGGCUGAUCCGAAAGCACCCGCGGCUUCUCCAGCAUUUGGAUUCGGCUCUUUUGCCUCCUCUAGUAGUCCGGCCUUUGGUCAACCUUCACUAGCCAAGGAUGCACCGACCACUUCUCAUGCUGAUACCAAAGUGGCCGCUGCUCCCCAAGCAUUUGGAUUCGGCUCUUUCGCCUCCUCCGGCAACGCGACCUUUGGUCAACCUUCCCUAAUCAAACAAAACACUUCGACCUCUCCUCAAGUUGAUUCCAAAGUGGCCAAGCCUUUUCAAGCAUCUGGAUUUGGCUCUUUCGCCUCACCUGGCAAUGCGGCCUUUGGUCAACCCUCCUUAGCCAAAGACGCUCCGACUUCUGAUAAAGCGGCUGCUGCUCCCCAAACAACUGGAUUCGGUUCUUUUGCUUCCUCUGGCAAUGCGGCAUUUGCCAAAGAUGCUCCGACCUCUUCUGAUAAGGCAACUACAGCUCCUCUAACAUCUGGAUUUGGCUCUUUCGCCUCCUGUGGUAAUGCGGCAUUUGGUCAACUCUCCCUGGCCAAAGAUGCCCCGACCUCUUCCGAUGCUGACUCUAAAGUGGCUGCUGCUCCCCAAACAUCUGCUGGAUUCGGCUCUUUCGCCUCCUCUGGCAAUGCGACCUUUGGUCAACCCUCCCUGGCCAAAGAUACUCCAGCCUCUUCUAAUAAACCGGCUGCCGCUCCCCAAACAUCUGGAUUUGGCUCUUUCGCCUCCUCUGGCAAUGCGGCCUUUGGCCAACUCUCCCUAGCCAAAGAUGCACCGACCUCUUCUGAUGCUGACUCUAAAGCGGCUACCGCUCCCCAAACAUCUCGAUUUGGUUCUGACGCCUCCUCUGGCAAUGCAGCAUUUGGCCAACUCUCCGGAGCCAAAGAUGUGUCGACUUCUUCUCAUCUUGAUUCCAAAGCGCCAAACUUCCUCGGAAUCGUCACCAUCCUCCCCGAAUUCACCUACUUCCACGCCAUCGAGACCCGGUGCUUUUUCCUCCCCAAGUCACGCGGCCCUUGGUCAACUCUCACUAGCCAACAGUCAAACCUCAUCGGGGCCGCUUCCAUCUUCCCCGAAGUCGCCUACUUCUACGUUAUCACCUGUCUCCCCGAGGUCACCUACUUCGACGCCAUCACCUACCUCCCCACGGUCACAUGCCAUAACGCCAUCUCAUACGACACCUCAUACCAACCGUGA